AUGCAAGAAGGAGGUUUUAUUCGUAGAAGGCGUACAAGAAGUACGAAGAAAAGUGUUAACUAUAAUGAGCUAAGCGAUGACGAGGCAGCAAUGAAAAAAUCAAAAACUUUGCAUCUGAAAGGAGAAAGCGAAAACGAAAAGGACAGCCAAGAUGAAGAAUACCGUGACGAUGCUACGCUAGUGAAAUCACCCGACGAUGACGACAAAGACUUCAUCAUAGACCUAACAGCUUCUGAUAAAGAACGGACCGCCACUGAUGAGAAUAUCCAUGCGAUCAAAGAUGAAAAUGAUAAGAUAACAGAAAUCAAGGACGAGCCUGAUGUUUCGGAUGACGAUGAACCAUUAACGAAGAAGAGGAAAACAACUGCCAGGAAGAAAAAAAAAAAGGUUACCAAGAAAAAGCCACCGAAGAUAACUCCGUAUGAAAGGAACACUUUACGAUUAUAUGAAUAUCAUCCUGAACUGAGGAAUGUUUUUUCUGAUUUGAGAAAUGCACCUCCAUAUGUCGCUCAAAGAUCCGAGCAGCCAGACGGUAUGACCAUCAAAUUGCUACCUUUCCAGUUGGAAGGUCUUCAUUGGCUUAUAUCUCAAGAGGAAAGCAUUUAUGCGGGCGGUGUUCUGGCAGACGAAAUGGGUAUGGGUAAGACUAUUCAGACUAUCGCCCUGUUAAUGAACGAUUUGACCAAGUCUCCGUCUCUAGUAGUCGCCCCCACCGUGGCGCUGAUGCAGUGGAAAAACGAAAUAGAACAACACACGAAGGGACAAUUGAAAAUAUACAUAUAUCACGGAGCUUCCAAAACCACGGAUAUCAAGGAUUUACAAGGCUACGAUGUUGUACUGACCACUUACGCGGUGUUGGAAUCAGUAUUCAGAAAGCAAAACUACGGGUUUAGAAGGAAAAAUGGACUUUUCAAGCAGCCCUCUGUACUGCACAACAUCGACUUCUAUAGAGUCAUUCUGGAUGAGGCACACAAUAUCAAAGACAGACAAAGUAAUACCGCCAGGGCUGUGAACAACUUAAAAACACAAAAACGAUGGUGUCUGUCAGGUACCCCGUUGCAAAAUAGAAUUGGUGAGAUGUAUUCUUUAAUCAGGUUCUUAAAUAUCAACCCUUUCACAAAGUACUUUUGUACCAAAUGUGAUUGCGCAUCGAAGGACUGGAAAUUCACGGAUCGCAUGCAUUGUGAUCACUGCAGUCACGUCAUUAUGCAACACACGAAUUUCUUCAACCAUUUCAUGUUGAAAAACAUUCAGAAAUUUGGUGUAGAAGGUCCUGGUUUAGAAUCUUUUAAUAACAUUCAAACAUUAUUGAAAAACAUCAUGUUAAGAAGAACCAAAGUGGAAAGAGCAGAUGAUCUGGGUCUACCGCCCAGAAUCGUCACCGUGAGGAGAGACUUCUUUAAUGAAGAGGAGAAAGAUCUUUACAGAAGUUUAUACACUGAUUCCAAAAGGAAAUAUAAUUCCUUUGUUGAGGAAGGUGUUGUUCUUAACAAUUAUGCAAACAUUUUUACCUUGAUUACAAGAAUGAGACAACUGGCAGAUCAUCCGGAUUUAGUUUUGAAGAGACUAAAAAAUUUGUCCGGCGAUGAUCUUGGUGUGGUAAUCUGCCAAUUGUGUAAUGAUGAAGCUGAAGAGCCUAUUGAAUCCAAAUGUCACCACAAGUUCUGUCGUUUAUGCAUCAAAGAAUACGUGGAAUCUUUCAUGGAGAACGACAAUAAACUUACUUGUCCUGUUUGUCAUAUCGGACUAAGUAUCGAUUUAUCUCAACCUGCUUUGGAAGUGGACCUUGAAUCCUUCAAAAAGCAAAGUAUAGUUAGUCGCCUAAACAUGAGUGGUAAGUGGCAAUCAUCAACGAAAAUUGAAGCCCUCGUGGAAGAACUGUACAAACUGAGGAGCAACAAGAGAACGAUUAAAUCUAUUGUGUUUUCCCAGUUUACAAGUAUGCUGGACCUGGUAGAGUGGAGAUUGAAAAGGGCUGGUUUCCAAACAGUGAAGCUUCAGGGUAGUAUGUCUCCGACGCAAAGAGAUGAAACCAUUAAGUAUUUCAUGAACAACAUUCAAUGCGAGGUUUUCCUGGUGAGUUUGAAGGCCGGUGGUGUUGCUUUGAAUCUUUGUGAAGCUUCUCAAGUAUUUAUUUUAGACCCAUGGUGGAACCCUAGUGUUGAAUGGCAAAGUGGUGAUAGAGUUCAUAGAAUUGGUCAGUAUCGGCCUGUUAAGAUCACAAGGUUUUGCAUUGAGGAUAGCAUAGAAGCAAGAAUUAUUGAAUUACAGGAGAAAAAGGCAAAUAUGAUUCAUGCUACCAUAAACCAAGAUGAAGCUGCUAUCAGCAGACUAACGCCAGCGGAUUUACAAUUCUUAUUCAAUAACUAA